GUGUUUUUUUUAUUGUUUUUGACCAACUUAUUUGGAGAUUGAAGACAACCUCAUAUUAUUUUGAUGUGUUUUGGACCAGACUGAAAAAGUUUUCCCCCGUCCUGCCUUCCAGCCUCCUCUGCAUCCAGACUCCUGCAUGAGGGACUAACAGAAUCCAACUCGCAUCUGGCCUACAAGCAACUCUGCUAGUUAAUCACAUUUACAGCUACGUUGGAUUUUUAUCAUACGGCAGUCACACCAUUACAUGACGGUCAUGUAAAUAAAACAAUUUAAAGGUUAUAAAAGAAGAAGUGCGCGCUCUCGGCGAAGCGCAGCAUCAGCACCAGCAGUCGAUGCGCGUCCCCGCUCCGGUAGAGGCUGCCCGAGAUCCCGGGAAGAGGAGUUGGAGCUGCGCGAGUUAAAGUUGGGCUAAAGGGGGUUGAGAGGAUGCUGCAGAACAAUCUACGGUCUAAUUAACAUAGCCUAUGCGGAGAAACGUGUCCUAAGUGAAGGAUGACUUGCAAAAUACUGAGCAUAUGCCUCUUAUUUUUGGGUUUUCAACAUUGCUCAUCACAUGAAUGUGUUGAUCCACUGGUCUCCGGGCUCUAUGCCUCCUCCUUCUUGGCGUCCUCCAGAUAUAACUUUCUGUACUCUGCCAAUUUUGCCAAACUGUAUGGCAGCAGUGGCUGGUCCCCAGCUCCCAGGGACAAACAGCCAUGGCUGCAGGUAGACCUGGGCAGGAAGUAUCGACUGAGGGCCAUUGCCACUCAGGGGACCUUCAACUCGUAUGACUGGGUCACCAAGUACACCCUGCUCUAUGGAGACCGACCAGACUCCUGGACGCCGUACAUCAUGGAUGGAGGAAACUCUACGCUGCCUGGGAACUGGAAUUAUUAUCAGGUGAAGAGGAAUGUCUUCCAUUACGCCUUUACUGCUAAACACAUUCGUCUGCUUCCUCUGGCGUGGAACACAGAGAAUGGAGGGAAGAUUGGUGUGAGGCUAGAGCUGUUUGGCUGCUCUUAUGAUUCCUAUGUGCUACAGUACAACGGCGAUGACUCAGUGGUCUACAUGUACCCAGGAAAGAGGUCACGUACACUAGAGGACGAUAUUUCCAUUAACUUCAAGACUCUGGAGCAGGAUGGUCUGCUGUUACACAGUGAGGGGAUUCAAGGAGAUCUCUUUACCUUGGAGCUCAAAAGAGGCCGUCUUUACCUGCACAUCAGCCUUGGAAGCAGUGUAAUACACAAAGUUGAUGGUCGAAUUACACUGACUGCUGGCAGCCUUCUUGACAAUCUACACUGGCACUAUGUCACCAUCAAGCGCUAUGGUCGACAGGUGAACUUCACAGUGGACAGUCAGACAGUGACGGGCAUCUGUAAAGGAGACUUUACACACCUGGAUCUGGAUACGCAGUUAUAUGUAGGAGGAGUCAUAGAACAAAAUUUGCCUCACCUGCCCACCACACCAAAUUUCCGGGGCUGUCUGGAGAAUGUCUUCAUCAAUGACGUCAACAUCAUUAACAAGGCACAGAACGAAGACUCUGACAUCCACAUCCCGCGAAAGAAAAAGUUACAUUUUGCCUGCAGGGACAUUCUGCUCAAACCGAUGACUUUUGCUGGGCCAAACAACUACCUGCAGGUGCCGGGCUAUUUCAGGAGGCCCCGUAUGUUUGUCAAGUUUAAGUUCCGCUCAUGGGACUACACUGGGCUGCUGAUGUUCACACGAUUUGCUGAUGACCUGGGUGCCCUUGAGCUGGGCCUAAGCGAGGGACAGAUCAACGUCACUAUAUUCCAACCUGGCAAGAAGAAACUCCAAUUUGCUGCAGGAUACCGGCUAAAUGACGGUUACUGGCAUACGGUGGAUUUGGCAGCCAGAGACAACCUGCUCACUCUCACAAUUGAUGAGGAGGAGGGGUCUCCUCUGAAGAUCACUAACCCUUUCACAAUUCGGACAGGAGACCGCUACUUUUUCGGAGGUUGUCCGAAAACCAAUAACACAGUAUUGAGGUGUGAGACGAAGUUGAACCGUUUCCAUGGUUGCAUGCAGCAUAUAUUCAUAGACAACGAACAGCUCGAUAUUGACAUUGUUCUACAACGACAGUGGGGGCGAUAUGCUGAGCUGUUGUUGGGCACAUGUGGCAUAACUGAUAGAUGUACUCCAAACCCUUGUGAACAUGAAGGUAGAUGCAUUCAGUCCUGGGAUGAUUUUAUCUGUCUGUGUGAGAACACAGGCUAUAAAGGAGAAGUGUGUCACAUGUCGGUUUAUAAAGAGUCAUGCGAGGCAUACAGACUCAGUGGCAAGUAUUGGUCUGGGAACUACACCAUCGAUCCUGAUCUCAGUGGACCGCUGAAACCAUUUGAAGUGUACUGCAAGAUGAAGUCAUAUAAGGCUUGGACAGUGAUUUUGAAUGACAGAGUGGAUGGUACCAAGGUGACUGGGAGUUCAAUAGACCAGCCGUAUAUAGGAGAUGUGCACUACUGGAAUGCCUCCUGGGAUGAAGUCACUGCUCUUGCCAACACCUCUUUAUAUUGUGAGCAGUGGAUCGACUACUCCUGCUACAAGUCCCGUCUCCUCAACACCCCCAAUGGAAGACCUUUUGGUUACUGGAUUGGUCGUAACAAUGUGAGUCACUAUUAUUGGGGUGGAACAUUCAGAGAGGUCCAAAAGUGCGGCUGUGCUAUCAACCAAACCUGUAUUGAUCCCAAAUUUCAAUGCAACUGUGACGCUGACUAUAGACAAUGGUACUCCGAUAAGGGCUACUUAGACUUUAGAGACCAUCUGCCUGUUAGAAAGGUGGUAGUCGGGGACACCAACAGGACCGGAUCAGAAGCUCACUUCACCGUCGGGCCCCUCCGCUGCCACGGCGAUAGAAACAUCUGGAACACCAUAGCCUUCACCAAGCCCACCUACAUAACCUUUCCCACCUUCAGGCCUGGCUCUAGUGCUGACAUUUCCUUCCACUUCAAAACCUAUCGAGACCACGGUGUGUUCUUGGAGAACUCUGAUGACCAACUUCGAAACUUCAUACGGAUCGAGCUAAAUACCACCCAUAACCUUGUGUUUAUAUUUAUGGUGGGUGAUGGCAUCAUUAAUGUGACUCUAAAGUCCCCUGUGCCUCUCAAUGACAAUGAGUGGCACUUUGUUCAAGCCGAGAUUAAUGUGAAACUGGCCCGGAUCAAGGUCGAUUAUCAGCCAUGGGCUGUUACACGGUUUCCAGGUCAGACAUUCGUCACCAUGAAGUUUACACAUCCUAUCCUAGUAGGUGCCGCCAACCGCACCUUGAGACCUUUCUUAGGGUGUCUUCGAGGGUUACGGAUGAACGGUGUUCCUCUUGAUCUAGAGGGGAAAGUAAAUGAAGAACAGGGUAUAAGGAGGAACUGUACUGGCCAGUGUCUAAAUACUACCAUACCAUGUCGAAACAGUGGCCAGUGUAUUGAGGGCUAUGCUUCCUACACGUGUGACUGUAACAACACAGCUUUUGAUGGCUUCUAUUGCCAUAAAGACAUCGGGGCCUACUUUGAGAUUGGCUCGUGGAUGAGGUACAACAUACGAAAGAAACCUAUAUCAGAUGAAGCAGCAUGGGCCAACUGGAUUGACCCGCAUUACGACAACUUCAGCCUUGGCUACAAUGAUACAGCGGAUGACAUAGAGUUCAGUUUCAGCACUGUUCACACACCAGCUGUGUUACUUUACAUCAGCUCUUUUGUCCAAGACUACAUCGCUAUCAUCCUCAAGACUGACGGUAGUGUAGAUCUGAGGUAUAAACUGGGGCUCAUAACACACAAAUACCAGCUGACUCACCGGAACCUGGCAGAUGGAUACCCUCACUAUAUCAACAUUACCAGACACAACAGAACCAUCAAAACACAGGUUGAUUACAUGGAGCCCAUAGUGGAAAAGAUAACCUUGGUGGAGGAUGCCAGGUUUGAUUCUCCAAAGUCCAUGUUCAUGGGCAGAGUGAUGGAGGUUGGUGACAUUGACUAUGACAUCCAGAGGCACAAUGCUCCAGGCUUCAUAGGCUGCAUAUCUGGGGUGAGAUACAACGUUUACGCCCCUUUAAAGGCCUUAUUCCGUCCAAAUGAAACAGACCCUCCGGUAACGACGCAAGGUUAUGUCUCUGAGUCCAACUGUGGUGCAUUCCCUCCUGUCCUGGGUUAUGUACCAUGGGAAGUUGACCCGUGGUUUACCAGCAUAGAGUAUAUUUAUAUCCACGAUGACCUAGGCCUAUUUUGGAUAACAGUCAUUGUCAUCCUGGCACUGCUGCUCCUCUUUGGAGGGCUGUACAGCAUCUACGUCUAUGCGUAUCAGCAAAAGGGCAGCUACCGCACAAAUGAACCCAAGAACCUGGAGUCCCCCAGCAGCGCCAGACCGCUGACCGAGACCCUGAGGAGAGAAAAAAAGAACCUCCCUGAAAUUGAAGAGGAGUUCAGGAGCGACUAGCAUCACAGGACUUUUGGGCCAGUGGGUGGGGGUUUGACUGAGGGUUGGGGAGAGGGAAAUCGCGCUUACAACAACCACAGAUACCUGUAUUAAGUUUUCUAAUUCUUUUGUUCUCUUUCUUUUUCAUAUUUUUUCUUCAUUUGAGUGGGAUCUGACGCCUGGUGCUCUACAUAGUAUGUAUUUUGGUAAGGGUUAAACGUUCUCAUUGAGCCCCAUGUGAGUAGCCAACUAGUCUCACACUGUAUUGCAGGGUGAAAUACUGAAGUGCCUCAUCUGAGCAAGCUUGACCUGAAGUAACCGUAAUAGCUUCUUCAGAUAGGGUUUAGCCUACACACUGUGGGGACAAGAUUUUAAGGGAUAUUGAAUUAUAUUUGGAACAUCAGUUUAAAGUAUUCAGGCUUUUAUUGAAUUAUUUUUUUUCCCCUGAGCCAUUUUCAAGACCCAUUAAAGCUACCAAUAUCUUACUGUAUAGAUUUAUUGCCAUCUAAAAUAUACCUUUGAUGACAAUCUCUCAUGAAGCCAUUUCUGACAUCAUAGCUCAUAAUCCAUCUUGGGUUUGAGCAGUGAAACCUGUGAACUAAACCAGUACAGCCAGUAUCCCGAUCACUGAAAUGAAUGAACUGGUGUUCAUGAGUAAAAACAACCAACUGAAGAGAGAUAUACUGACAAGCAUGGAGCUUUGAGAUUUUAAGCUUUGAGAUGAUACAUAUAAAGGUCGUAAAAGGUAUAUAUGCUUAUAUUUGUUGUAUUGCAGCCUAUAACAGUGCAUUACCUAUACAGAAUGGCACAUGUAAGUGGUUCAGAAUUACCAUAGUGUCAGUAGAUAGCAGCUUUGCCGAUUAAAGUAUGCUCAGAUUCCUAACACAUUCUCAGCUAUGGGGGAAACGAGAGUGUGAUGUUAUGUACCUCUAAGUGUGAGAGCUCACAGGCUGUCGGUGUGCUGCAGAAUCAAAACAAAAGUUAAGGUGAUGAAGCUCACCAGGGAUAGAGUGACCUAAACAAGUUCUCAUUCCUUCUGUCUUACUUCUGGUUGCUUAUAUUAUGGUCAAGCUGCCAAUAGCUCGGUGCUACAGAGUGUUUGACUCAGUGGACAUCCCCAGUGACGAAAGAAUCAGUCUUCUCCACAAUCCUUUCAUCCCCGAUAUUAAGCAUCUUUCAGGAAACAGCUGCUCCAGAUGGCCAUAUGGAGAAGCAUAUAAACACACAUGCACACACACAAUAACAUAUGUACAGAGGACCACAAGAGUGUAAAUGCUAAUCUUUUACUUCUAACUCAUACUGCUCGAAUAUUUUUGCAUAAUGCCGUAGGACAGUAGCUGCUGCUGCUGCUGCUUGUUUAGCUGCUUCCAGUGGAAAGUAAAAAAAAUAAAAAAUUCUACCUAUAGUCCAAUGAAAUUUCCUUCUCUGGCAAGAUGAAAUUUCAUUUGAUGUGUGGUGCAACCAAAGCUUAGAGCUACCAUCACUCACUACAGCUCUCCUUGAUACUAAAGCACUGUUGUGUAUGUGGAAAAAAAUGUAAAACAUUUGCAACAUAUUAGCUAUGCAUUCGUAGAGCAUGAGCGCACUUUGCAGUAACAUGCAAUAAUAUGAACUAUCAGCCACCAAUGAUGUUAGUGUUUAAUUUGCAUUUGCACAAUAGCAAGUAGGAUGUAAUGAGUGUAUACGUGAAUAUAUGAAUAAUGUGUUAAGCGACUUUUUUUUAUUCCUAUGGUUUAUAUACAAAACAGGUUAGUUCAACAGUUCAAUGGAGUACUCUGAAUGUAAAUCCUCUGACUCUGUAAUGUACGAGCAGACACGACAGUGACUGAUGUUUUCAUUGUAAGCUGCUUAGCUUUGAAAGUAAAAUUACUCAUGGUAGCUUUUAAGAAUGCUCAGGAUAAAUAAAGUACAGUCCUUGUUCUCUGUAGCACUAAUACACCUCUAAAACUCAACAUUGUUGGUUUCUUCCACUUACAGAUGGGCAGAACUGUGCGACAUUGUACAAUGAAAGAAUGUACAGUAGAUGUAAAGAAAAAACUGCAAUUACUGUAAAGGCACGACAUGUAAGAAAAUGUACAGAUUCGGCCAAAACUGGCAUUUACAGGUUAUAUUUUUAAGAAUGCUGUGACAGGACGAGUGAUGAUGAAAAGUGAGCAAACAGAGUGAAACUGUUGGUUUGUGAUCCACACAUGGAAUCGUUUGUGUUUUUGUAAAAUAGACAAUCACCACUCAAACUCAUAUUAGACGCAAGCCAACAAACUUGGGUCAAAUAUGCUUUGUUGCCUAUUAGGAAAGAGUCGACUUAUGUAUUAUAUAAAUGUAUACACUUCACUGUAUUCACUGGUAAAUGGACUAUAAACAUUCAGCCUAGCAGUGUCACUUCAUUGCCACUCUCACUAGUUAAUCAUACGUGGUCCCUGGAGCGUGUGUAUGUGUGACUGAAUGGUUCUUUAGACUGUGUAUUUAUAGUUGCCCACCAAGAUAGAACCACUGAUGUUAAAUAAUGACUAAUGAAUAAUAAAAAAAAUAAAAUAAAAAAAAGCAUACAUGUGCACUGAUGCCAACUAUCUAAGUCACUCAUUUUAGUGAGCAAACAGUAGUACAAUGAGACAAGAAACAAGGCCUGGAUAUAGCUCAGAAUUGCUCCUCCAUGUCUGCAAGAAAUUGAAUUUGUGCUGAACUGAACAUUCUGCGUCCUAAUUUCAAAAGCAGUAAAAGGACUGAGAUAAAAUGGCCAGUUUAAUUGUUGAACAUAAAAUAAAACAAAAUAUAAAGCGAUAUAAAGUUAAAUUAGGGUUAGUCAAGCAUUUAAUUCUCCUCUAUGGACACAUGAAGACUUCAUAUGAAUCUGCAGAUAACCUGCCAACAGUGCUAUCAUGUAUGAAAUCAGACAAUGAAGCACCAGAGUGAGGAGUAGGCAGGUUACACUGGGUUAGACUUCUCUGCACCAUCAAACUGAAUCUUUCUGCAACAGGUACCAGAAAUGAUCAUUACAGUUGUGUUUGUGAUCACACUGAAUUUUAGGAUUUGUUUUUCUCUUCUUCAGUCCGCUUCAUUUUCUUUUGUAAUACUCUCACUGUAAAUGACCAUUACUGUGUAAAUGAAAGCCAAACUGUCAACUCAAUAAAAGAAGCUUGAAAGAAAUGCAAACUGUGUAUUUAGGUUGCUUGACAUUUAACAAACUCGAGGACCAUAACAAAACGUUUUAAUGUAUAAAGUUAAACUUUUAUUUUUAUAGGCAUACACUGUACAUAGCAGUAAACUCCAUUUUGUUCAUCUCUAUUGAGAAAGAUCUCAUUUCAAAGUGGGCUUUAAUGUUUUCUAAAUGAAAAACAGAGCGGAUAACAAAUCUGGACAUAUAGAAAAAAAAAA